AGUUUCCGUGAAACCUACUCGUCAGCACGAAUUUUUUAAAUAACAAAAACGCUCGUCUCCGUGUCCCCAAGUCGGUGCGUACCUCAUUCCGUUUUUCGUGCUCGUCGGCGAUAAAUAAAUUUAAGUGAUUAAAUUAAAAUGUCGAAACGAUCUAGUUCCUUUGUUCGCCGGGAUAAAAGUGGUGAAAUAAAACGUUUAAAAAGACAAUUAAAAGAUAUGCAGGAGCAAUUAACCAAUAUUCUAAGUUCAUCUAGUUCCAGCGAGGAAUCACCAGAUGCUUCAGAUAAUGAGUCACAAGAAUCACAAGUUCUGGGUGCUUUACCAACAACCAAUCAAUUGCAUCCCUUAGAGCCAGAAAUUACAAUAAUUGAGGAUAGUGCUACCCAGGCAAAUACUAAUAUUCCAGAACAAAAUAUUACUGGACUUGGUAUUAACCCCGAUUGCGUUACUACUGAAGGAAAACCCCUACAUGAGGAAAUUGUGGUUCGAUGGACCUCAUAUUUGUUAAAAGGCCUAACUAAAGAUCAGAGAAGGGAGAUAAUAAAUAAAUAUAAAAUUCCAGCUAACUGUAAAGCUCUGAUUCCUCCCCAGGUCAAUAGUGAGAUUCAGGCUUGCUUGCCAAGAGCAGCGCACGAACAUGAUUGUUUCAUGAUAGCACUCCAAGAGCAACUGGCUCAUGGACUAUCAGCAGUGGGGACUGUGUUAGAAAAAAUGUUACCGUUUCCAGAACAGGCAAAUGAAUUAAAAAUCUUGGCAGACGCCUGUCAGUUGUUCACCAAUAUACAUAAUGCCAUCUCAACUCAUCGUUACCAUCAGCCCAGCUAUUUAAACUACCAGCGUCAACCGAACAGGGACAGAAUGAAACAAAAGAAGGAGAGGAAGCCAUCAGAUCGUUACCACAAGCAGAGUGUCAGGAAAUAUCCAUACCGGAAGUGA